CGACGCACAAGGCCUAGUUCGGCAAGUGUCCGUUUAUUUAUGCUGUCGCCGUCGAGAAGUGAACCUGCGUUUCAAAGAAUCAAAAUCGCGGCGCUAAGAGGCGAGAGACCAAUCGGAAGAUGCAGGAGGAGAAGAAGAAGAACAAGAAGAAGAGCUAUAUUGCAAAAGCUUCCACGGCGGAGAAUUCCUCCCGAUCAGUAUCAGCUCUACAAGCAUUUUUCGUCCACCUGAUCUGUGGACUUGGUUUAGCUAUAGCUUUAUGGGUGGCCCAUAAUUUCUACGCCAUCAAUCUUGUAUCUGACCCUUCACGCACUCUACGUCUGAUAUGGAUCGUCCAGAGUCCAAUCGUGACACUUCUUUAUAGUUGGUUUCGACUCGAUCCUGAACGAUGCUCGUACUUGAAAGCUGUAGGACGAGGCAUGUUGGCUCUUCCUGCUGGGGCUCUUGUGAAUGCUCUUGGAGCUAUUGUCUUAGGUGCACCUGUUGGCAUUGAGUACUUGCCAAAGACCAUUAAUUGGUCUGUUCUUAUGUCACUAUGCACGUUUGUGCCUGCAGCUUCUGUUUUUGGUUCAUCAUGGUCACAUUGGCAGCGUAUGUUUGCACAUACAAAGCCAAACGAACCUUUAGAGUAUAUGAUUUGUAUACCAGCACAUGGGGCUGUAAUUGGAGCAUGGCUUGGGGCUUGGCCUAUGCCACUUGACUGGGAAAGGCCAUGGCAGGAAUGGCCCGUAUGUGUCACUUAUGGAGCAAUGACUGGGUACCUUGUUGCAAUGGUAGUAUCCCUUGGCUUUGUAGUUGUGCAUGGUAGACGGCAGAAUCUCAAACGGGAUUGACAAGCUAACACAUAACUUAUUAAUAGCUACACUAGUAUGUAUAGUAUUUCUUGGGGACUUUGCUGAAUACAUUAGCUUCCUCUAAUUUGGAUAAAUUAUUUAAAAGAUUUCCAGAUUUCUUUUGCAUUUUAGGUGGAGCAACUAUCCUCAUGCAUUGUAGGGAUAAAUUGGAAUGUUGAUUUAUUUUUUGCACGAACGAGAAAUGGUUCAUAGACUUCAGUUUAUUA